AUGUCAAAAAAUGCAUUAAAUUUUCUUGUCUUGUUUUUAACUAUCUCUUUGUUUCCAUUUGUUUCUUCUCUUAACCAAGAAGGUCUCUCUUUACUUUCAUGGCUUUCGACUUUCAAUUCUUCGAACUCGGACACUAGUACUACUGCUUUCUCAUCAUGGGAUCCAGCUCACAGAAAUCCUUGCAGAUGGGACUAUAUAAAAUGUUCUGCAGAAGAGUUUGUUGAAGAGAUUGUAAUAACAUCGAUCGAUCUUCGUAGCCGAUUCCCUUUACAGUUUCUUUCUUUUAACCACCUUAAAACUCUUGUGAUCUCAAAUGGAAAUCUGACGGGUGAGAUUCCAAGUUCGGUUGGAAACUUGUCGUCGACGCUAGUUACUCUUGAUCUUAGUUUCAAUAGUUUAACAGGAAAAAUACCAGAAGAAAUAGGAAAGUUAUCUGAACUGAGAUGGCUAUCUUUGAAUUCAAAUUCGUUACGUGGUGGAAUUCCAACCACGAUUGGUAACUGUUCAAAGCUUCAGCACUUAGAACUGUUUGACAACCAGCUUUCUGGUAUGAUUCCUGGAGAAAUAGGACAGUUGAAGGCUCUUGAGUCGCUACGAGCCGGUGGAAAUCAAGGUAUUUUCGGAGAAAUUCCAAUGCAGAUAUCAGAUUGUAAGGCUUUAGUUUUUCUUGGACUUGCGGUUACUGGAAUUUCCGGCGAGAUUCCGGCAAGUAUAGGAGAACUUCAAAAUCUCAAGACACUUUCAGUCUACACAGCACAUCUCACAGGUCAAAUUCCACCAGAGAUUCAAAACUGUUCGGCUUUGGAAGAUUUGUUUCUGUAUGAAAAUCAGCUUUCUGGAAAAAUUCCUUAUGAAUUAGGUUCCAUGCAAAGCCUUAAAAGAGUAUUGCUGUGGAAGAACAAUUUAACUGGAACAAUUCCAGAAAGCCUCGGAAACUGUACAAAUCUGAAGGUUAUUGAUUUCUCUUUGAAUUCUCUUAUUGGUCAGUUACCUUUGACUCUCAGUCAUCUACUCUCAUUGGAGGAAUUUCUUUUGUCGGAUAAUAACAUUUACGGCGAAAUACCUUCAUAUGUUGGCAAUUUUUCCAUGCUGAAGCAACUUGAGUUCGAUAAUAACCGAUUCUCUGGUGAGAUUCCAUCUGUUAUGGGGAACUUGAAGGAACUCACUCUCUUCUAUGCAUGGCAGAAUCAGCUUAAUGGAAAUAUACCAACAGAAUUAUCGAACUGCGAGAAACUUGAAGCAGUUGAUCUUUCGCACAAUUUCCUCACCGGUCCGAUUCCAAAUUCUCUUUUUCAUCUGCAGAAUUUAACUCAGUUGUUGCUGAUAUCAAACAGACUCUCCGGUCAAAUUCCGCCCGAUAUCGGCAGGUGCACAAGCUUGAUCAGGUUAAGACUUGGAUCAAACAAUUUUACGGGUCAACUUCCGCGAGAAAUAGGCCUUUUGAAAAGUUUAACCUUUCUGGAGCUGUCAGAUAAUCAACUCAGCAGCGACAUUCCUUAUGAGAUAGGUAACUGUGCUCAUUUAGAAAUGCUUGACUUCCAUAAAAAUGAGCUUCAAGGAACCAUUCCUUCAUCAUUAAAAUUCUUAGUUGAUCUCAACGUCUUGGACCUUUCUUCAAACCGAAUCACCGGAAGCAUUCCCAAGAGCUUUGGCAAGCUUACGUCGUUAAAUAAGUUGAUUCUAAGUGGAAACCUUAUCGCCGGUUCGAUCCCUCAGUCGCUGGGACUUUGUAAGGAUUUGCAGUUGCUUGAUUUAAGUAACAAUAAGAUCAUAGGUUCUAUUCCAAAUGAGAUUGGUUACUUGCAAGGAUUGGAUAUACUCUUGAACUUGAGUUGGAAUUCUCUUACUGGUUCAAUUCCAAAGACUUUUUCGAAUCUCUCAAAACUUUCGAUCUUGGACCUAUCUUACAACAAGAUCACAGGUACUCUUUUAGUACUUGGUAACCUUGAUAAUCUUGUGUCUCUAAAUGUUUCCUACAAUAGAUUUUCCGGUACUCUUCCCGACACGAAGUUCUUCCAAGAUUUACCUUCUGCUGCGUUUGCCGGUAACCCUGAUCUUUGCAUUAACAGCAAGUGUCGUGCAAGUGGAAGUCUCGAAGGAAACAAAUCGAUAAGAAAUAUUAUCAUCUACACUUUCCUUGGUGUUAUUUUAACUUCUGCUAUUGUCACUUGUGGAGUUAUUUUAGCGUUAAGGAUUCAAGGGGACAGUUACUAUGGGAGAAAUAAUUUCGAGGAAGUUGAAAUGGAAUGGUCUUUCACUCCAUUCCAGAAGCUUAACUUCAACAUCAUCGACGUGGUCUCAAAGUUGUCAGAUUCAAAUAUCAUCGGAAAGGGUGGAUCGGGCGUUGUUUACCGCGUAGAGACUCCGACAAAACAGAUUAUUGCGGUGAAGAAGCUAUGGCCGAUGAAGAAUGGAGAGGCACCAGAGAGAGAUUUUUUUACAGCAGAAGUUCAGACGCUUGGAUCGAUAAGGCACAAAAAUAUAUUAAGACUUUUAGGAUGCUGCAACAAUGGAAGAACUAGAUUGCUGUUGUUUGAUUACAUAUGUAAUGGAAGUUUGUUUGGAUUGCUCCAUGAAAAGAGAUUGUUCUUGGAUUGGGAUGCAAGGUAUAAGAUCAUACUUGGAACAGCUCAUGGUUUAGAAUAUCUUCAUCAUGAUUGUAUCCCUCCAAUCGUCCAUCGCGACGUUAAGGCUAACAACAUCUUGGUAGGUCCACAGUUUGAACCUUUUCUUGCAGAUUUCGGCCUUGCGAAAUUGGUUAGUUCCUCAGACUGCUCAAAAGCUUCACAUGUAGUUGCAGGUUCUUGCGGAUACAUAGCUCCCGAAUAUGGAUACAGUUUAAGAAUCACAGAAAAGAGCGACGUGUACAGUUACGGCGUCGUCCUUCUCGAGAUGUUAACCGGAAUGGAACCAACCGAUAACAGGAUUCCGGAGAGUGCUCACAUUGUAACAUGGGUUAUCAGUGAAAUCAGAGAAAAGAAAAGAGAAUUCACAUCUAUUCUUGAUCAGCAAUUACUAUUACAGUGUGGAACAAGAACACCAGAGAUGCUUCAAGUGUUAGGUGUGGCUCUUCUAUGUGUGAAUCUAUCACCAGAAGAAAGACCAACAAUGAAAGAUGUAACAGCAAUGCUGAAAGAGAUUAGCCAUGAAAAUGAUGAUUUGGAAAAACCAAAUCUUCUGCAUAAUAAAGGCAUGGUUGCCAAUCCAAAAGCAGCAGUUCAUUGUUCUAGUUUCUCAAGAUCAUGUGAACUUUUGAUAGAAUCAUCAUCUUCUUCUUCAUAG